GCCCUGUAUUGCUUACUUGACGACUAUCCCAGCACCGCUUUGUAUCGUAGACUCAUGCUGGUAGAGCUACCAUUAUCAGAUAUCUGCAUAUUAUCCUUGGCGGUGUCAUGAACUUAUAACGUGACCUCCUUAUCUUACGUGACAACCGCGGCUCCCUGUCACGUCACUUCAAGUCCAAACAUUGACAAACUCCGUUUGGGGCCGCGGCCCAGUAGUUUCUUGACCCUGCCUAGAACCUACCAACCUUGGUCAUGACGAUCGGAAAACUAGUACUGUUGCAAUGUUAGCGUCAGUGCACGCAUACCUUGUCUGUCCCCCACCAGCGACUCUUACAAGGACUUUAAUCCCUCUCAUGAACGAAAAUACCUCUCGCCUUGUGAUGCAAAGCGCUCUUAUCGAGACACAAAUAUCUCUGCACAUAUAUAUGCCAGUGUCCACAGUAUAUACCUGUUCAGAGAUAGGCUGUCUCAGAUACCAUCGUCGCUAGCCCUUAUGACCAUUUCUCCCAUACAGUGGUUGAAGCUCUCGACAUGGGAGCUUGAGCUCGAGAAUACAGCGUUUGCGACAGAUAAUAGAUGGAGCAAUCGUGAUAUGGACCCUACGCCUCUUCACUUGCGAACGUGGAGGUAUGCGUUAUCCCUUGCUGUAUCAUAUUGGUUUUCCGAUGCCAGUAAUAUCGCUGUCGCAAGCUCGAUGUUAGCUAUUGGUCUUUCCUGGAGACAAGCUUUGCCUGCCAUUGUUGUUGCGUACUGUAUAACGGCUGUUCCGAUACUUCUCACCGGGACUAUCGGUACCCGCCUGAGGGUUCCGUUCUCGGUCCUCAGCAGGUCGUCUUUCGGAUUUUGGUUCAGCUACUUUCCUGUUAUUACGCGAGGAAUAAUUGCCAUGUCCUGGUUUGGAAUUCAGACAUACAACGGUUCUGAAUGUAUCUAUCAGAUGCUGAAGGCCAUAUGGCCGUCUAUCGCCCAUGUCCCGAAUCACAUACCGGCCUCGUCAAACACCACCAGCGUCGGCAUGAUGUGUUACAUUCUUUACUGGCUCCUCCAAUUUCCAUUCAUGCUGCUGUCUCCCCAGAAAAUCCGUUACCUCUUCAUGGUCAAGGGCGUGAUCGUCCCAUUUGCCUGGCUUGCUAUGGUCAUUUGGGCGUUCAUCAAGGUUCCUCCUUCAGUCGGACUAUUUGCUCAGCACGCUACAGUCCAAGGCUCUGACCUUUCCUGGGCUUGGCUGACGGCACUCAAUAGUGCGCUGAGUCUUUAUUGUGGAUAUGCGGUCAAUAUAGCGGAUUUUACGCGGUAUGCCACACAUGAGAGAGCACAAUAUUCACAGGCUAUCAUUAUUCCAGUAGCAUUCACGCUUUGUUCGUUCGCUGGACUGGCCGUGACGAGUGCUGGAAUUGUUCUCUAUGGUUCGGCACUGUGGGAUCCCCUACAGCUGAUUGACCAAUGGGACAAUCGAGCAGCGGCGUUCUUUGCCUCGUUCGCAUUUCUGCUGACGACCAUCGGAACUAAUAUCAGCGCUAAUGCCCUUGUGGCUGCUAAUGACCUCACGUACUGGCUAAUCCAUCGAGGUCGAAUUGACGUCCCAGCGAUGUACCAAGUUUAUGGUCGAUACCGCUAUACAUUUGGAGUGAACUGGCGUGCUUUGGUAACACUCGUGAUUUGCAUCGCACCAGCUAUGCCUGGGCUCGUUCACUCCAUCAACCCGUCCAUUAACGUUGGAGGUAUCCAUAAUUUAUUUGCCAUCGGGUGGAUAUUUGGAUUCUGGUCAGCAUUCAUCGUUUAUUCCGUCCUCUCGACGCUGUUCCCGGCUCGGGGUACAUAUGUAGAGAAGGCUGUAUUACCCGAUGAUGUGAUACCGCCAUCGGCCUCUUGUGAUUCUACGGACGAAGAUGUGGAGAAAUUAGACAAGGGUAACGUGACUCCUGAGACUGUAUCGGGGCUCCAUGGCUUCCACAAAUAGAAGAAAAUUUUUCGGGCAUCAUUUGUUUUCACACGUCGAAAUGGUAUUCAUACUAUUGCCACACAUCAGGUUCGCGUACCAAAGUUCCCAGUGACGGAAAGAAUGCGAGGAAGAGCAGUAGCUACCAAUGCACCAAUGGCACAACCAAUCGCUAAAGUCGCGCCGGUACCCAGGACGCCCGCAUCCCUGGAAGACAAACGGUGCAACUUCGGUCUUGGACCUUUGUCAAAAACGCUGGAGCACGUUGCUUUGGACUCAGGUGCUGUAAGCAGACCGGGAAGACCAUCCACGCUUGAGAGGUUCUGUCGCAUCCAAUAUGCUCUAAGGCCCUUCGGAUUAAUCUCUGUGGAGACAGUAGCGCGGUCAUGUGACUCUUUUAUGUCGAACGAUCGAAGGAGUUGAGUGCGGUGCGUAACAAAGUCAUAGAUCGGAACAGCGUAUCCACAUGACUAG